AUGGGCAAAAAGAAGGUUUUGGUCUGUUACGGGGUGGAUAUCGAUGCCGUGGCCGGUUGGCUGGGAUCAUAUGGAGGCGAAGACAGCACAAGCGACAUUAGCAGAGGUCUCUGGGCGGGAACAAUCGGUACCCGGCGCUUGUUGAAGCUUUUUGACAAGUACAACAUUAAAGCCUCAUGGUUCAUCCCUGGACACAGCCUGGAAACAUUUCCAGAAGAGUGUGCUAUGGUCCGAGAUGCCGGACACGAGAUAGGUCUACAUGGCUACAGCCACGAAAACCCCGUGGACAUGACUUUCGAGCAGCAAAAAGAUGUCUUGCACAAGACAUGGAAGUUACUCACCGACUUCUGCGGAAAGCCACCCAAGGGAAGCGUGGCUCCUUGGUGGGAGACAAGCGAAGAAGGGACCGAGUUGAUGCUUAGCUACGGAAUUGAGUAUGACCACUCAAUGUCCCAUCACGACUGUCAAGCAUACUGGCUGCGUACAGGCGACGCAUGGACCAAGAUUGAUUACACCAAGAAGGCCGAGGAGUGGAUGAAGCCACUGACAAAGGGCAAAGAGACAGGCAUGGUCGAAAUACCUGGCUCUUGGUAUAUAGAUGACCUGCCGCCUAUGAUAGAUGUUGAAGAUAUCUGGAAAGAUCAUUUCGAUUACUUCUACCGGGAAUACGACGAAUUCAUCUUCCCAAUGACCAUCCACCCGGAUGUCUCGGGUAGACCUCACGUUCUGCUGAUGCACGAACGUAUCAUCGAGCACAUCAACAAGCAUGAAGGUGUCGAGUGGGUCACAAUGGGAGAGAUGAGCGACUACUUCAAGAGCAAGAAUCCUGCACCAGAAGGCGCUCUCAUGCCGGCCAGCCACGAGGAGGUGAUGAAGAAGUUUCAAGAGUCGACGUAG